AUGCCGCCGAGGGGGAGGAAGCACUGGUGCAAGCACUGCAAGAGGAGCUUCCCUUCCGGGGCCUCACUCGGAGGCCACAUGGCGGUCCACAGGAGCCGGCGCAAGAAACAACCGAGCGGCGCCCCGAGCAUCGCCGGCGAGAGGUACGGCCUCCGGGAGAGGUGCCAGAAGACGUCGUGGCUGCUGGAUUCCGCUUCCAGUGACGACGAUCGGUGGGCGUUGUUCCCCAAGACUGAAUGCCAGUUGUGCUUCAGGUCCUUUGCCUCCCCUGAUGCCCUGUCGAUGCACAUGAGGAUGCACAAGCGCCGCAGGAAGAUGGCUGUGGAGCACCAGGCAUCGGUAGGCGAUGGUGACCACAAUGUUCCUCUCUCUGCUGCUCCGGUGAUGAAGAGGAAGAGGUCGAGGAGGAUGGUUAUGGACACUGUUCCUUCCACGGUGAUGAAGUCAUAUGGGAUGGAGGAGGUCGAUGCCGCACGGAUUCUUGUGUCGCUUUCAGGAGAUAAUGGCAUGUGCUCAGCUUCUGUUGAUUGUGGUGAAGGUGGUGUGAUGGACGUCAACGCGGCAUUGGCGUUCGACACGCUCAUGACAGAGAUGGGGCUGAGUUCUUCUGAUCAUCAUGGAGAUGACAGAGUUGGAGAUAAUGAGUUGAUGGAGCCAGAGCCUUCUAGUAGCUCUUAUGAGGAAGGGAAGUUUGUCAGCCUUUCAAAGGUGUUGAGGGCAACAGCUACCUAUGAGUGCAAGCUUUGUGGACAGGUCUUCGCGUCUGGUCAGGGAUUGGGAGGCCACAGAAAGCGUCACAGUUUUGCUGAUCAUGGUAGAGUUCCAACUGUUCCCAAAUCUGAAGCGACUCAGCCUUGUGAAGAGCUGCUUCCACCGGAUCGCCGGUUGCUUGCUCUCAGCAUACCAGCUCCCAGCAUAUGGAACUGCAGCAGCACAAGACCAAAGCCUGAACCGAAUCCACUGUUGGCCGCAAGCAGCCUUUGGGAUGAACGAAUGCUGGGCGUUAUCUGA